UAUAUAUGUAGUUUGAUUCACGUAUUGUAUGACACGUUUGAGAAUCAAACGUGUGUUGUUAACCUCAUCAUAUGUAAUACUUUUUUCAAUCUGGAUAGGAAACAAUUUUGAUUCAACAAAAAGACAAGAAGUAUAAAGGGUAUUGCAUUUAUGGACAAUAUAUAAUCUUAUACAUGUAUAUAUAAAUGGGUGAAAGUCGUUGGUUAAUUACAUUAGCCAAGAGAUGUUUUUGGGCUCAGUAUCGUUUUUACACUAGUACAAUGACUUCUUUGCUGGUUCCUCCGGAAUCAGUACGAGGAAUGACAUGUUUGAAUCGUGCAGCGUUUGAAACCACUGUGGAAUUGCCAUAUUUAAGAUAUCGAAAAUCAUUGAUAAUGGAGAUCAUCGAAACUGCAGCCUUAAUUGUAAUAGGAGAUGAAAUUUUGCGUGGACAGAUUGUAGAUACAAACACAUCAUAUUUGGCAAAACGUUUACGAGCUUCUGGUAUUAAGCUUCAGAAAGUAACUGUGAUCCCUGAUAUAGUAGAUGAAAUUGCUAAGACUGUACGCGAUGCUUCCAAACAAUAUUCUGUUGUAUUUACGUCUGGUGGUGUUGGACCUACGCACGAUGAUGUAACAUACAAAUCUAUAGCUAAAGCUUUGGAAUUAAAACUUGAACCUCAUGAAGAAUUAAUUGAUAUUUGUGCAAAUCUCUUUCCAAAUGAAAAAGAAGCCGGCCGUCUUACUAUUGUACCAAGGCCUUGUGAACUUAUUUAUGUUUAUUCAUCAAACAAAUAUGCUGUUGUAAAAGCAAAGAACGUAUACAUAUUACCAGGUUCUCCAAAAUAUUUUGAACUUGCUGUUGAGGUGAUCGUGCCACAAUUAAGAGGGCGUACCCCUUUGCAUUUCGAACAGAUAGACAUUAAUUUAAAUGAAUUGUCAAUAGUAAAUAUAUUGGAUGAACAAGCAGAACAUUGGAAAGAAAAAGUGAACAUUGGAAGUUAUCCGCAACCAGCACCUGAAUGCUUUACAAGAAUUACAUUAGAAGGAAAAAAGGAGGAUGUCUUAGCAGCGAAAGCAGAACUUUUAUAUAAAUUACCAAUCCAAAAAAUUCUAAAUUUGAAUAGUGGGUUUAGCCCAUAUCAUGCGAGAAUGGUUUUUGAAGAUGCUGAAAAUCAACCACAUAUAUAUAGCGCUUUGGAAGUCUUACAAGAUUGUUACAAAUUGUUUAAACCAGAAGAAAUUUUUAUAAGUUUCAAUGGUGGAAAAGAUUGUACAGUAGUUUUGCACCUGGCAGCUUGUGUAGCAAAAUUACAAAACAUUUCAUCAUUGUUAUGUCUAUAUGUAACAGCUGAGCCGUUUCCCGAGGUGGAUUAUUUUGUAGAGAAAGCUGCUCAGUAUUAUAAUUUAGAAUUGAUCAAGAAGAAAUCACCAAUGCAGGAAGCAUUGCGUUCGCUGUUAAAUACACGAACAAAUUUAAAAGCAAGUCUAAUGGGAAUGAGAAAAGGCGAUCCUGGUUCUGAAAAUGUAGAGGCUUUUACACCAACCGAUCCAAAUUGGCCAAAAUUAAUUCGUGUAAAUCCAAUUUUAAACUGGUCGUAUGAUCAGGUUUGGAAAUUUUUAUUGAAGCACAAUGUACCUUAUUGUCCGCUGUAUGACGAAGGAUAUACUAGUUUGGGAACGAAAUCAACUACAGUACCAAAUCCAAGAUUACAAGAUCCUAACAAUUCGUCAUCGUAUCUUCCAGCAUAUACUCUAACCGAUGAAUCCGCUGAAAGGCAAGGCAGAGUAAUAAGUGAAUAAAAAUAUAGACAAAAUUUUACAGUAUUUGCAAAUAUUAUGUUACUAGGAAAAAGACAAAACUGUUUUAGUAUAUUAUAUGUACACACACAUACACACGCCACACGCACACAUAUCUAUACAUAUAACAUUUCUAAAUUAAGUAUUUUACGUUUAUAACUAUAGCCAUUGAAUUUUGCUGAAGUAAAAUUAUUAUUGAAGAAAGUAUUAGUAGUACAAUAAUGAAAAAAUGUAUACUGUUAAUUUAAGAUUAUUGUUGUUUUUUUUUUUUGUUUGUUAUAAAUGUAUAAGUAUGAGAAAAAUUAAAGGUGGGUCAUGUUGAAAUAUCAAA